GGCGCGACAGUGCUAGUCUCUUCUUGAACUCACAACGCUGAGAACGUAUUUUUCUCUUCAAAUAAAAUUACUUCGAACUUAAAUCGUGCUACGUUAAUAAAAAACAAUUUUUAAUAAAGCUCAACGAUUAUUUUUUUUUAUAACUAGUAUUGUGAAUUAAAAAGAUAUUUGUUUAGUCUAUGGUAUUUUGGAGGCAAAAUGUGAGGUGUUUGAGUGUGGACUGAUUUUUUUACAGUGAUUGAUCCAAUUUGCAAGAUGUGGGCAUUGUUAUGUCUCGCGGUCAGCGUGUGCGCUGCGCAUGGGCUCCGCGUGGGCGUGGGCAUCGCUGACGUCACCGGACCCCCAGCAGAGAUCGGCUUUAUGGGGUACGCGAAUUUCGAGCAGAGCGGGCAGGGAAUUCAUUUGCGUCAGUUCGCGCGUGCGUUCGUGAUCGCCGAUGACAACAGCCGGCUUGUUUUCGUCUCCGUAGAUGCUGCUAUGAUGGGCAACGGAAUAAGGAAAGAGGUACUAAAGCGUCUACAGAAGCGUUUCGGCGAUUUGUACACAGAGAACAAUGUGAUACUGAGUGGUACACACACGCACUCCACGCCGGGGGGCUUUCUUAUGGACUUCCUCUUUGACCUGCCCAUACUUGGCUUUGUUAAAGAGACAUACGUUGCUUAUAUUGCUGGAAUACUAAAGAGCAUCUACAUAGCACACAACAACAUGAAGCCAGCACGUCUCGAGUAUGCGGAGGGUGAACUUCUAGAUGCCAACAUCAACAGAUCUCCCACCUCUUAUCUCCGCAACCCGCCGGAGGAGAGAGCCAAGUACAAAUACGACGUGGACAAGACCCUAGCGCAGGUUCGGUUCCUGGGCCCCCAGGACAAAGUGUUGGGAGUGAUCAACUGGUUUGCGGUGCAUCCCACCAGUAUGAACAACACCAAUCGACUUAUUUCCUCAGACAACGUCGGAUACGCAUCUAUUCUCAUGGAAAAGGCUUUGAAUGGACCCAAUACUUUGCCUGGAAAGGGUAGCGUGGUGUGCGCAUUCGCGUCCACGAACCUGGGCGACGUGUCCCCGAACACGCGCGGUCCGGUCUGCGAGUUCAGCGGACUCGCGUGCGACCAGAGCGCGCUCUGCGGACACAAGGAGCGCUGCUUCGCCUCGGGUCCGGGACGCGACAUGUUUGAUAGCACACGCAUCAUUGCCACCAAGAUCUUUCAAACCGCUAUGUCGGUUCUGAAGCAGCCGGGCGAGGACCUGACGGGUCCAGUGGGCGUGGUGCACCAGUACGUCGAGAUGCCCAAGCAGGUGGUCGCGCCCUUCGAUCCCAUCACCGAUACGUUUAAUACGAGCGCCAAGGUAUCGGGGUGUCUGCCGGCGAUGGGGUACAGUUUCGCGGCGGGCACGACGGACGGGCCGGGAGCCUUCGACUUCACGCAGGGCACCACCACCUCCAACCCGCUGUGGAACGUAGUCAGGGACUUUAUCGCCGAGCCCACCAAGGAGGACAUCGACUGUCAGGCGCCCAAACCUAUACUGCUCGCCACUGGCAGGGCGAAGUUCCCGUACGAGUGGCAGCCGCGCGUGGUGUCGUGCAGCGUGGCGCGUGUGGGCGGGCUGGUGGUGGCGGCGGUGCCGGGAGAGUUCACCACGAUGUCGGGACGCCGGCUGCGUCGUCAGCUCGCCCGCAUCACCUCCGCCGGCGCGUCUCGUGUCGUGCUCGCCGGACUCUCCAAUGUCUACGCCGACUACAUCGCCACGCCUGAAGAGUAUCAGGCACAGCGGUACGAAGCAGCGUCCACAAUAUUUGGACCUCACACACUCGACAUCUACCUCAACAAGUACGUCGAGCUCACUCGUGCACUAUUUGAGGGUAGAUCAGUAGACCCUGGCCCGCAGCCGCCAGACUUCAGUGACCAGCUGAUCACCCUGGUGCCGCCAGUGCUGUGGGACGCCGCACCCUGGGGCAAGGAGUUCGGGGACUGUCUAGUCCAGCCACAGAAGCAGUACAGCCAUGGAGACACCGUCACUGCUACUUUUGUGUCAGGUCACCCGCGCAACAGUGUGAGACAUGGUCGCUGGUAUGCUGCAGUGGAGCGCCUGCAGUCUGCACAGGACGACGCCUGGGUCACCAUCGCCACUGAUGCUGACUGGGAGACCAAGUACAUAUGGCGUCGCAACUCAAAGAUAUUGGGUACUAGCCACGCGGAGAUAGAGUGGGAGAUCCCCGCGGGUACUCCUGCAGGUACAUACCGCCUCCAUCACUUCGGUAACUACAAAUACAUCCUCGGUGGUAUCUACCCAUACAGUGGCUUCUCUGACAGCUUCGAGGUCACAUAAUGUCACACUUAAACCCCAUUUCCACUAGCGCAACAAUGCAACAGCUACGCCUCAGUAAAAUCGCAUCGAGCAAGUGGUCAUAUGAAUUCGUCGAAUUAGUUGGAUGCUUAGUGGAUAAUGGUUAAUAAUUACACACUUAAACCACAUUUCCACUAGAAAUACGCGGAACGUUAUAUUGGCGCGCGAUUAAGUCAAGUUAAACAGUCGUACAUUUCAUCGCUUAGUGGAAAUGGGUUUAAUCAUUCUUCAUAGUCAAGAGAUUAAUAACCAAUUAAUUACCAAAAAGAUAUUUUGAAGAUAUUUUUUGUAGUCAUAAUUUUAAAAUAUUUCCCGUGGACGGUUACGUCAAACAGAUGACUUACAAACUGUGGGUUUCUGAAACCAAAAUUUCUAUAUAAAACAUGUGAUUCUUGUCAUUUUUGACAAAACAGAGAUAACG